GCAUAAAUACAUACACAUUCAAUUGCAUGCAUCACUGAAGAGGGAAAUUAUUCACAAGCAUUUCCGCAUUUCGUCGACUUCUCUUACCUUAGGUUGGUAUGGAGGGUGAUAGGCAUUUCAGUCAUCCUCAUCCAUUGGCUUCCUUUGUAGAUGAGAUGGAAGCGGAUGUUUCUGAUAACUUUCAUUCUUGCAAAAUUUGUGGUUUGCCAAUUCUAUCUGCUCCUUCCUACACUUGCACCUUUGCUGCUUGUGAUUUUUUUCUGCAUGAAUCAUGUGCACACAAAUUCCACCAAAAAUUUAUCCAUCCCAAUCAUAGGCCGAGAUAUAAUGAUCACACGCUUCGUCUCGAAGAAGGAAGUCCCAAUUUCACAUACCAAUGUGAGGAUUGCAAUAACCAAAUGCAUCCUCUGACUGCAGCUGCAGUGUUUGGUGUUGAGAUAAAAAGCAAACACAAGAGCCAUCCACCUCACCCGCUCGUGGCUCUUCGUAGGCAGAUUUUGUCUCCGUGUGAUUGCUGUGGGGAGAAACAUGAAGGUUUCUUCUUCUCGUGCCAUCUCUGUGAUUUCUGGAUUCAUCAAGACUGCACCAUACUGCCUACCACUCUCAUUCUCUCCUCUGAUCCUGAACCUUACCUUCUUGCUUAUUCUAUUCCUGUCCAUGUCCGAAAUAUUGAGUGCAUAGUUUGCGACAAACCCUUGCGUAUGUCCCAUAACGCCAUCUACUUUUGCCCCCAAACUAUGAGAUUUUCUCAUGUCAAAUGUGGACUCCAGAAGAUUCAAUCCAAAACAAGGCUAGAGUUGAUCCAACUGCCCGACGAUGAGUUGGACACAUUUCCAAGUUUCGAGAUCCUUACAUACUCCCACAGAAACCAUGCUCAUAAUAUUGGUGAUGAAGACAAGAAGCUUGCAAUGGAGAAUGUUCACAAGCAUCCUUUGAUUCUAGUUGGUGAUGAGGAAGAGGAUCAUAAUUAUUAUUAUAAAAAACUAGUGUGUGAUCUAUGCACACAAACCAUCACUAUUCCAUCUCAAUUUUACAGAUGCGCUCAACAAGGCUGCUCUUUUUUUGCCCAUAAAGUCUGUGCAGACCUUCUACCCAUUCUCAAGUUUGAGUUUCCAAAUGAUGUCCGCAACAAUGCAUGUAAGGGACAACCUUGUCCGUACCCGGACAAAUGGUACUUCAGUUCAAUAUUUUUCUGUAUUGUCUGCUUUCUUCCUAGCAAUGCAGCUUGCUAUCACUUUCCUGGUGAUGAUUUAGAUUCCUUGAUGAUUGAUCUGUCGUGCAUGGCUGCCCCAAGCAUUAUAAAGCACAGCUCACACAGCCAAUACCUUCUCUUUCGCACCUCCCGCCAUUCGCGGGCCUACCCCCUCAGUUGUUGUUCCCGUGGCACCGUCUUUCAUGAUGUCUAUAGGUGCACUAAUUGCGAUUUCUACAUUCAUAUAAGGUGUGCCUUACUACCAAAAAGGGUUCACUUUCGUAAAUUUGAUCAACAUCCUCUGCACUUGAUCACUAGUAAUAGUAUUGGUAGUGAUCAAGACAUAUGCGAGGUGUGUGAGGAAGGCAUAGAGUGCAAGUAUUGGUUCUACCACUGUGCAAAAUGUGACUACUCUUUCCACGUAAACUGCAUUCCCUCGCUUGGCUAUUUGUCCAAAGUCAAGUUCGGAGGCAAACUUGAUAUUCCUUGUCACUCUCAUCCUCUCACCCUUACACGGAUGCUUGCCUACGGAAGAAAUGAGAAGUGUGGGCAUUGCCACAAAAUCAUUCCAGGAUUGGUAGAUCAAGCGGCUUUCUCAUGCUCACAAUGCGAUUAUUUGAUUCAUUUUUCUUGUGCAAGGGAUUCAUUCACAUCCUCUCACAAUUGUACAUCCUCAGUUUUCGAGGAAGUCAAUAAACCGGGGUGGUAUGACAUUGCUGAAGAAUGAAGGUUAAUUGAUAGUGUAUAAUGUAUAUUGUAAUUGUGGAGGAGAUGGAUUUACUGUGUUUAAGAACCUAUGUACGUACUUGUUUAUAUUAUGAUGCGGGUGAGGUGUGUGUAUUUAAUGAAUUUUAU